CAUGUGACAGACUAACUCAUUCGUGACUUUGUUUAUGGGACUUUGCUUUGCUUUAUGGAUGCUAUUUAUAUACAUGAUCGAAUACUAGUUAAUAUUUCAAUUCAACUCUAAUGAUCUGAACCAUCCUUGGUAGUUUUGUUUUGCAGAGAAUGAGUGAGAUUGAUUGAUAUAAUAGAUUAGAGGCAGAACAAACGCUAUGACUGUUGAGAGGAGAUUUAUUGUGGUGGGAAUUAGAAUUGAUAGCCAUAGCAGGCAACUGCUCAACUGGGCUCUUGUCAAAGUUGCUCACCCUGGGGAUUCUGUUAUUGCUCUCCAUGUAGUUACUAAUUCCGAUUAUAUUUCCAAAAGCAAGCCCUUAAUUGAUGAUUACUUACGAGUUUAUCAAGGGUUAUGUGAUGUCAGAAAGGUAGGUCUCUCCAGUCAGAUAUUAAUAGGAAAUUCCAUUCCAAACAUUCUCAUCAGAGAAGCGAAAAACCGUGCUGCUGUGGCUCUAGUGCUAGGGGGUCAAGUUUCCAUAGCUAAAUAUUGCGCCAAACGACUCCCACCCACCACCAAUGUUCUUGCUAUUCAAGGUGCAAAAAUUGCCUUCAGAAGGUGCACUGACAAAGAACUAUUAGGUAGUCUCAUAGAGGAUCCAAGACCAAGUCUUACUAACACAGUGAUCCUGUCUGAUUAUGGUGACUCGGAGGUGGAGAGUGAGAAAUCAACAUGUGAAGAUAGCAGAGAAUUGGAGGAAGAAAGGUGCAAGAAAGUCUUUUCAAGAUCAAUAUCACAGUUGGCAAGUGACUCUUCUGAGCAGAAGCUUGGAUGGCCACUUCUCCGCAGGGCCAACACAGAUAUCUCACAGGACCGCAAUGGAAGGCACAUGUCUGUGGUGCAAUGGGUAAUGAGCUUACCGGAUCGUUCACCGCGGAAAAAUGCACCCCUUUCCAGCAUUAGGGACAAUUCGUCAGAACGGGACAUCAACAGUGACAUUGAGGAUGAGAGCUAUAAACCCAAAAUCCUAAGUCGUAACUGGAGCACAGACUUUCACCCUAGCACACUCAAUUGCAAGUGGUUCAGCCUUGAGGUUCUUAAGUCGUGUACUUGUCAAUUCUCCUCAGAAAAUCUAAUUGGGAAAGGAGGUAGCAAUCGUGUGUAUAAAGGAACCCUCCCAGAUGGGAAACCUAUCGCAGUCAAAGUUAUGCAGUCAUCAAAAGAAGACUUGAAAGAUUUUUCCCGCGAGGUGGAAAUCAUGUCCUCAUUGAAGCACAAAGGCAUCACCCCUUUACUUGGUAUUUGCAUUGAGGACAAUGCUUUAAUCUCUGUUUAUGAUUAUUUCCCCAAAGGAAGCUUAGAGCAAAAUCUACAUGGCAAGAACGAGGAUGGAUCUUUCUUGUCAUGGGAAGUCAGAUUUAAUGUAGCUAUAGAGAUUGCUGAAGCACUCAAUUACCUGCACAACGAGACUUUGAAGCCUAUUAUACAUAGAGAUGUCAAGUCCUCCAACAUUCUUCUUUCCCAUGUGUUUGAGCCCCAAUUAUCUGAUUUUGGACUUGCCAUAUGGGGACCAACAACCUCAUCGUUUCUGACACAAGAUGACUUAGUAGGAACAUUUGGGUAUCUUGCACCUGAAUACUUCAUGUAUGGGAAGGUCAGUGACAAGAUAGACGUAUAUGCCUUUGGUGUAGUGCUCCUUGAACUAAUCUCAGGAAGGGAACCAAUCAGCUCAGAGGCUUGUAAAGGAGAGGAGAGUUUGGUUGUGUGGGCAAAACCAAAAUUAGAUAGUGGGGAUGUUAAAAGCUUGUUGGAUCCAAAUUUGCAAGGGAAGUUUGAUGUGGUCCAGAUGCAAAAAAUGGUUCUGGCAGCAUCUCUAUGCAUUACACGGGCAGCGCGGCUUCGCCCUACAUUGAAUCAGAUACUGAAGAUCUUAAAAGGACAUGAUGAGAAAGUGGAAAACUUCUUUAGCUCCCAUGAGAAUGAUCAUGACCAUUAUGAAAAUCAAGAAAAUAUUGAUGAUGAAGUCUAUCCAAAUCCAAGUGCUGGUUUACACCUGAGCCUUGCAUUACUUGAUGUUGACGAUGACACUACAUUGUAUAGCAGUACAGAGCAUAGCAGUAGUGAACAUUUGAAAGAACCGUGGAGCAGAUCAUCUAGUUUCAGUUAGAUUCUUUCAAUCUUAUGAAAUUCUGUAGGUAGCAGUUUGUAGAUAGACAAUUAAAUAAAAAAUCUGCUCCCAUAGCUCAUUAAGAGUGGUUGGUAAAUUUGUCUUAUAGAGAUUUGGUUUACAUUUGAAGUUUCCAUUUAAUAAUAUUUUGAUUAAAGUUUCCAUUAA